CAGGCCGCGCGCGGAGCUCCAUAGGUAUAGAAAUAUGGCAUAACUAUGCGACUUGGUUUUUGUGGUCAUCGCUCGAGUACCCUGUGUGUCACAAUCCAGUAAAUCAUGCAACUCCCAGGCCCCACUCGGCCCCAACUAGAAAGGAGUCAUCGACAAGUGACACGUCAAUCACGAUGACGUCAUGAUGAUGUUUACUCAAUCACCAAACUGGACAUAACCGGUUUAUAACCAGUCUAACUGGAAAUAAAGCUUACGUGUUUUUACACAUUUUUUACCACCGCCCCCAAACUUCCCCACUUAUGCUUCAAAGUUCUUUUAUGAACAACGCAAACCCGCAAAGCGAAACAAGAAAUUGAAUAUUGAGAAGUUUAUUAUUGCCACUGUGACCAUGGACGACCUUUCACGUGGUGAUAAAAGAGUUGAAGAAGACCCAAGAAGAGGGGAGGAGCAAAAUAAUGAGGAGGAGAGGUCACGCAGGCCACGAGUGUUGACAGAAGAACAAAGAGUUCGGCAAAGACAGCGUGACCUUGUACUCACCGAGGAGCAAAGAGUGCUAAAAAGACAGACGAGCUACGAGUACAGGUUAAGUGGUGAGCAAAUAGUCCGCAAUAAGCAAAAGGACUCGGAGUACGAACUAGAUGACGAGCAGAGAGCUCGUAAAGAGGCAGAGAAACUUAGAAACACUCAACGCCCAGCGUACAAUGAUGGCAGAAGACAGCUUGUUUGCUCAAGGGCAAAGAGAAAGGGCUCGUGAGCGACAGAGGGCAUCUAAACUCAGGAGGAAACAACAGAGGCAGACCUCCACUACUACCGCUUUUGUUGGUGAGUUUUCUUUGAGUAAAAUAAUGUCUAUAUUCGAUUUCUUAUUUGUUUUCUUUCUUCUUUUUAGACUAAGGCUAUCAUUUUCUAUUUAGACUAAGAGCAAAUACCUCAAAUAAAGCAAACUAGAAUAAGUAAUGCAGAAUUAGUUUAUUUGUCAUUUAGUUUAUUUAUCAAGCU